UGUAUAUACGUUAAUCUGUGGUGUUGUGUUUAUAUUGGUAUGUUUGUGAAUUUAGUAAUUAUUAAAUAAAAAUAUAUUAUUCUAGCGUUGAAUGAAAAAGUUCGCCCUAUAAUCUUUUUAUAAUAUGUAAUUACCAAAUAGUUUUCUUGAAUAGUAAAAGUUGUUAGUGUAAAAAUAAAGAAGGCAUGAGUAAAAGACGCCGUGCCUCCUCCGUGGCAAGUCGCGGUGUCGACUGCGAUGAUAGUGAUGAUGGAGUGGAAUUAAGCAACCCUGGACCUCCACCAUCUCGCAAGAAGAAGAAGUUGGAACCGAGUGAGAUAUGCCAGCAGUUGUAUGAUAUAAUCCGUACAUACAAGAAGGAAGAUGGAACCCUGCUGUGUGACUCUUUCAUUAGGGCUCCCAAGAGAAGACAGGAGCCCCAAUAUUAUGAGGUUGUUACACAACCAAUUGACUUGUUGAGGGUUCAACAGAAACUCAAAACUGACACAUAUGAGGACAUAGAAGAGUUGACAGCUGACAUAGAGUUGUUGGUGAACAACGCCAAGGCAUUCUACAAGUCUGACUCGGAAGAGUACAAGGAUGCCAUUGACUUGUGGAAGCUUUAUGGGAAGCAUAGAAAUGCACUUGAGAAUGGUGAAGAGCUAAAAACUCCUAAGUCAUCUCGCAAUGGGUCGUCGAGCAGGCGUUCAGACGUAGCUGAAGACGUGUCAGAAACUUCCACCAAUAAUGAAGAUGACAAUAUAUUUGAGGAAUUGUUUAAUGCGGUAAUGACUGCAAAUGUGGAUGGUCGUCCUUUGUAUACAGCUUUCCAAUUUCUACCUUCGAAAAAACGUUAUCCUGAUUACUUCAGUGUCAUAGACUCGCCCAUAGACCUCAAGCUGAUCGCGCAGAAGAUCCAAGGCGGGGAGUACACACACUUGAGCGAGCUGGACAAGGACCUGUCCAACAUGGUCCGCAACGCGUGUCUCUUUAACGAGCCUGGCAGUCAGAUAUACAAGGACGCUAAAACCUUGAAGAAGAUCAUACAAACCCGCAAGCAAGAGAUCGAGCAGCACGGGCGCAGCGGGCCGGCGAAGACGUCGGAGCGCAUCCGCUCCAAGCGCACGUCGCGCGUCGGGCCCGCGCCCUCCAGCCGCGCGCUCGCCAUCAUGGAGCCGCCCGGCUCCGACGCCGAGCCGGAUGUCAAGCAUUCUGAAGACAGCGGCGGUGAAACUGACGAAGAGAAGAAUGAUAAUGAGGACUCGCCACAAUGGAAACUCCUGGAAGCUGUUAGAAAUCACUUGGGACCCAGCGGUUCGCCAAUGGCCAAUCCCUUCUGGAAGCUACCGUCGCGUCGCGAAUACCCGGACUACUACAAGGAGAUCAAGAACCCGGUGUCGCUGAACCAGAUCAAGAACAAGAUCCGGCGCGGCGCGUACGGCACGCUGUCCGAGGUGGCGGGCGACAUGAACAUCAUGUUCGAGAACGCCAAGCAGUACAACGUGCCCACCUCGCGCCUCUACAAGGACGCCGUCAAGCUGCAGAGACUGAUGCAGCAGCGCGUACAGGAGCUGUUGGACAUCGUGCAAAGUUCAUCCAGCGACGAUGAAAGUCUCUCCUCAGUUAAGAACCAAGCACAGGCCAGCACGCCUCGGCCGAGGGGUCGGCCCCGCAUCAACCCGAUCCCAGCGAGCGCUGCGUCCCCCACGUCCCCCGCGGUGCCCAAACCCAACGUCCCGCUGAAGAAGAAGCUGCACUACGUGUCCAAGCAGCUGGUGGAGUUCACAUGCUCGGACGGCCGCCAGCCCAUGCUGCUGUUCAUGGAGAAGCCGAGCAAGAAGCUGUACCCUGAGUACUACAACGUCAUCGAGAGGCCUAUAGACAUGCUCACCAUUGAGGCCAAUAUUAAGAACGAUCGCUACACGUCCAUAGAGGAGAUGGUCUCCGACUUCCGCCUGAUGUUCUCCAACUGCCGUCAGUUUAACGAGGAAGGCUCCAUGAUAUACGAAGACGCGAACCUGCUGGAGCGUGUCAUGAAUGAGAAGCUCAAAGAUCUCAACACCACCAACUAUGAGAAGAAACCUUCUUUGAAGGCCAUCAAAAACACGCCAAAGUCCAAGCAGUUAUCGCCAUUUGAGCAGAAACUUAGGACGCUGUACGACGCUAUACGUGACUAUAGGGAUCCUAAAGUAAACCGCCAACUGGCGCUAAUAUUCAUGAAGCUGCCCAACAAAAGCGAGUACCCGGACUACUACGAGCUGAUCAAGAACCCCAUAGACAUGGAGAAGAUAGCGCACAAGCUAAAGAACGGCAUCUACACCGCUGUCAACGAGCUAGCGUCAGACUUCAUACUAAUGUUUGACAACGCGUGCAAGUACAACGAGCCCGACUCGCAGAUAUACAAGGACGCGCUCAUACUGCAGCGGGUUUGUCUGCAGACCAAGCAGAUGCUGCGGGAGGAUGACGAUGCCAUCCCGGACGUGCCUGCCGCUGUCCAGGAGCUCCUGAUGAACCUCUUCACCACGAUCUACAACCACCAGGAUGAGGAGGGCAGAUGCUACUCAGACAGUAUGGCCGAGUUGCCGGAACACGACGAAGCCACCAACGGUGAAAAAGUGCGCGCCAUAUCUUUGGACCUGGUGAAGCGCAGGCUGGACAAGGGCCUGUACAAGCGGCUCGAUCACUUCCAGCAGGACAUAUUUGCGGUCUUCGAACGUGCCCGUCGCCUAUCCCGCACAGACAGUCAGAUCUUCGAGGACUCGGUGGAACUGCAGUCCUACUUCAUCGAGCAACGCGACAUCCUCUGUCGCAACACGCUGUCCUCACCGGCGCUCAGCUUCACGAGGGACACCAUAUCCACCAGCGUGGAACUUGUGAAGCAAUGUAAACUGCUGCAGGAGAACGAUGAGGAAGAUGAGACAAGAUCGAGCACAGAAGACGGGAUGAGUUCGAACGGCGCGCCGCCGCCAAGCCAGUACUCGAAGGGCGAUUUCGUGUACAUCCAGCCAGAGAAGGGCAACAAAGAGCCAGCCAUCGUGCAGAUUGAGCGCCUGUGGACCAACUCCGACAACGUGCCCAUGAUAUACUCCAACGUGUACUUCAGGCCUCACGAGACCUUCCAUGUGCGCACGCGCAAGUUCCUGCAGCAGGAGGUGUUCAAGACGGAGGCGCACCGCACCGUGCCGCUGGACCAGGUCAUCGGCCGCUGCUACGUCAUGAACGUCAAGGAGUACUUCAAGUUCAGGCCCGAGGGCUACCCGAACAAGGACGUAUACGUGUGCGAGAGCCGCUACAACAGCAAGAACCGAUGGUUCAAGAAGAUCAAGGUGUGGGAGGGCGCCGAGAAGGAGGCCACGCUCAUGCCCAGAGAGGUCCCGCUGGAGCCGAAUAGAACAGUGUCGGUGUUCCGCGAGCGAGUGGAGAAGCACAAGGACGAGCUGGCCGAGCUCGAGGUGCUGGAGAACGUGCAGGAGAAGGAGAGACCCGACGUGGUGAUGUACAACCCUCUGGGCACGGACGACGAGAACACGUACUACGAGCAGUACAACACCGUGUGCUCCGGCGUGAUCAAGACCGGCGACUUCGUGUACGUCGUCACCGACGGCGGCAAGCAGCUCAUCGCGCAGGUCGACACCAUCUGGGAGACUGCCGAUAACAAAUGCUAUUUCCGCGGGCCAUUCCUGAUCUUCCCCUCUGAAGUGGUGAAUAUCAUUAAUAAGCCAUUCUACAAGCAAGAAGUGCUCCUGACCACAAUGCACGACACAAGUCCACUGGUGGGCAUCGUGGGCAAGUGUGGAGUUUUGGAUUACGACGAUUAUCUUAAGUGUCGGCCGACGGAGAUCGCCGAGUCGGACAUGUACGUCUGCGAGUCGCUUUACGACGAGUCCAACCGCAUGGCGCGCAAGCUGAAGGCUGGACUACGCAAGUUUGAGCACACCAAGGACGUCACCGUUGACGAGAUUUACUUCUUCCCGAAGCCGCUAGGUCCGCCCUUGCUGGCGACGGCGCAAGAUGUGCAGGCGUCAUCCAGCGCCUUCACACACAAGCCGUUCAACCCGAGCGUCAACGCAGACUCCAUGGACAGCAAGCCUCAGUUCACGAAUCUCAUCAACACCACCAUCGGCAGCCAGGAUGUGGAAAUGCUGCUGGAAAACUCCCUCGACGACUCGUCGCUGGCUUCGCCCGCCACGCCGCUGUCUAUAGGCGGCAACAGUAACCCAUACAACCCAUCAAUGGCCCCCUCGACCCAAGAGCGCACGCAAGCAGUGGCCACGCCCGUCAGCAGCAAGAAGAAGAAAGAACAGAAGCAGAAGAUCGUCACCGGCUACAUUCUGUACUCCAGCGAAGUGCGAAAGGCCAUCGUGGCGAACAACCCCGAAUCUACCUUCGGUGAGAUAUCCCGCAUAGUGGGCAACGAGUGGCGCAGCCUGCCCGCCUCCACCAAGCAGAGCUGGGAGGAGCGCGCCGCCAAGUGCAACGAGGAGACGUCCGCGCGCCUCGCCGAGGAGAUGCGCGAGCUCUCGCAGCACAUGGAGAUGACGUUUGAGUGUGCGUGGGACACGUGCGACUACCAGUUCGAGGACAUCGGCGACUGCAUGGAGCACUGCAUUGGAGACGGUGGGAACAUGAUCGGAACUUUUAUUGAAACCAAGAAGAGUAAACUUGAACCGGGGCACAUCCAGCAGCACUACCGCGUGGGCGGCGCGCCCACCAACCCGGCCGGCAACAGCGAGUACCCGUGCCUGUGGCGCUCGUGCGCGCGCGUGCGCAAGGGGCAGGCGCCCUUCCCCAACCUGCCGCGGCUGCUGCGCCACGUGCGCGACCUGCACGUCAACAAGGGCAACGGCCGCCCCAUGGCCGUACACGAGCGCUCCCGGAACUUCGUGCCGUCGUCUAAGAAGCCGCCGAAGCAGUAUGCACCCGGCAUUCGCGGCGGGUUGAUGUCUCCAGGAGGCAUGUCGCCCAUGGCGCGCAACACUCCGUCGCCAGGCGCGGGCGAGGGCGGGGGCGCGGCGGCGGCGCUGGGCCCGCCGGCGCGCGCGGCGCACGACCCGCUGUUCGUGCCGGCGCCGCCGCGUGCGCAGCGCGUCACGCACUCCGAGGCGUACAUCAGGUACAUAGAAGGGCUGCACUCCGAACAGAAGUACAUAACACCAUGGGAGAAGUCCCUGACCCCCAUGCCGGCCAACCCCGACCCUGCUCACUUCAACAUGCACAAACUACCCUCGCACUGGCUCACAGAGGAAACAGUCAACGGAUACCUGCAGCAAGACAAGACAGUCGCAGACACUGAUAUACAGAAAAUGGACCAAAACACCAAAAUCCUCAAAGGUCUUUGCGCUUUGCGAGAAUUCAUGAUGAGAGACGCUCUCGCUAUUUACAAAAGCUAUUGAUAGAAAUGAUUUUUUUUGGUUAUUGUUUCUGAUUAGGACGAUAAGAUAAGCAAUAAUUAUGUAUUUGAAGUAUCAAUAAAGAUUACAAUAUAAACUAA